AUGGCGCCCCAAAAGCGAGCUGAUAAUUGGAUCGACGGUCUCCGAGGAGUUGCAGCUCUCACCGUCGUUACCUAUCAUCUAUGCUCCUGCUUCGCAAAUUGGCUGAAUUCACCUGCACUUUCAGAAGAGGGCCCCGUUUCUAUCUUCCAGUAUCCAUUUCUCCGACUCGUGGUUGCUGGUCGUUUUGCAGUCGCGCUCUUCUUCCUUCUUACAGGAUACGUGAACUCCUUUAACUCAAGGAAGCACAUUCGAAAUGGAGAUACAACUUUCGCCUUGCAGAGGCUCGCACGGAGCACACUUACUCGCACCGGCAGGCUGGUCGUGCCGACGAAUACUGCCAUUCUGAUGGUUUGGCUUAUUUGCCAACUCAACGGGUUCCAAAUCGCUAGCCAGGUCGACGCUGGUUGGAUCAGAGGAUCGGGUACUCAGUCACCAGGUCCAACGUUCUUUGGCGCCAUCGAUGGUUUGCUUCGAAAUCUUAUUUUAUUUUGGCACAGCGGUACGACUGAUUACGACCAUACAUACUGGACGAUCCCGUUCUUCCUGAAGGGAUCCAUGUUGGUCUAUACCACACUACUGGGAACGACAUAUACACGACCGAAAUAUACAAAACUAAUUUUGAUUUUCCUUUAUCUUUUUGCUUGGUCUGGUGCGCAAGUCGUUGUGGAAAUGAACAUCUAUGCUGGAAUUUUUCUCGCUGAGCUACACGCCGACUACGGGUCAAACGCUACUACAUUCACCUCCAGACCUACAUCUACGCUCAUGAUUAUCUUCGGUCUCCUCCUUGCUUCUUUCCCCGAGGAUAACCCAAGCUGGGUGCCAUGGAGUCGAGCACUCGACACCGUCGGCCAACUCAUUGUACCGAACGGCGGCGAAGUGAACCGAUAUAUCAUUUCGUUGGGAACAACAUUUUUCGUCUUCGGCGUCUUCUUCUCCCGCGAUGCUCGCCGCCUUCUUUCCUCCCCAUUCAUGAAUUUUUUUGGCCGCAUUUCUUUCCCUAUAUACCUUCUUCACAAUACCAUUAUUCGCACAGCUCUGUCGUGGGUUCUCUAUCGACAGUCGAUUGCGAGUAAAGGAUUCCAUCCGGUAGAUGAAGAGGGCAAUCCGAUUCAUUAUGAAGCUGGCGGAACAUUCACAUUUGGAGUUGCAGUGCCACUUUUCUAUCUUCUACUGAUCUAUGUGGCGCAUUUAUGGACGGUCCAUGUGGAUCCCCGCUGCGAGAAGGUUGUGACUUGGCUGUCAAGGAAAGCUUUUGGUGAUGAAAGUGACUCCGAGCCGACAAAACAAAUCCCAUCCAAUGGGAUCUUGACGACUUGA